AGAUUCGAUAAUGAAUAAUUCGAAUUAUCAAAAAUUAACUAUCGAGGUGAGGCUGGUGGACACUUGCUUUGAAUCUCAACACCUGAGUCGGUUGCCAUGACCACCUUCGGGCCUCAGCUGCUCGUCCACUUCAGUUCACAUGAGAGGUGACGUAGCUUACUCUUCCAGUCCCCUUUGCACCAUUCUAUCGCUUAAAUUUACUCCUCCACCAAUCCGGAAGUUGCCUCACGGGUACGUUUGUGUUAUCUAGAUUACGUAGCGUCAAAGAAAGGCGAAAAGAAUAUUGGUGGUCAGCGCUAUAAAUGCAGCAGACCAUCCUAAAACUGCCCCCGAGUUUACUUGAUAAACGGCAUGACUUCCGAGAAAGCGCCGAUACUCUUAAAAGAAAAUGUCAGUCCUGACUCCCCGACAAAAUACCUAUUAAUGUCUGAACGCCUUAGUGCUCUCCUGCAGGCAGGUGACAGUUCAUCAGACAUGACCAUUAAGGAAAAGGGCGAACUAAACAUAUCCUUGUCAGCCCCAGACGAGGAUGCAGUGAAGGAGGGAGACAGAGAAACAUGGAAAAGUCCUUUCCAAUUCUUUUUCUAUUGCCUCAGCUAUGCAGUCGGCUUUGGUAAUGUGUGGAGGUUUCCUUACCUCUGCUACAAGAACGGGGGAGCUGCCUUCUUGAUUCCCUAUGUGUUGAUGCUUCUCUGCGCCGGCAUACCAAUCUUCUUCUUGGAGCUGUGCAUCGGCCAGUACGCGAGUUUGAGCCCAGCCGUCCUCUUCCCAAAGUUGGCCCCAAUUUUGAGCGGUCUGGGGUGGGGAAUGGUCACCAUCUCUCUCUUCACUGCCAUCUACUUCAACGUCAUCCUGGCUUGGUCCUUCUUCUACUUAGUCUACUCCUUCUUCCCUGUACUGCCGUGGAGUAUGUGCAACAACGAUUUUAACAGCCCUGAAUGCUACUCUGAAGAGGGCGCCGCAUUAUGCGGAAAUGAAAGUCUCUACUACUACAACCAGUCCUGCUUACCCCUGAAUGAUUAUUGUGGUCUGGUCGACAUGCUGCCGUUAAACAAGACACACUGCCGUGAUGGUGGCAACACCUUAAUAACGCCGGUUGAUAAAGUGGUCACAAAGGUUUCACCCAGUGAAGACUUCUUCAGAAAUCGUUUACUGAAGAUGAAUGGCACCACGUGGGACAACAUGGGGGACAUGCAGUGGGAGCUGGUAGGGAUGCUAGCUCUUGCAUGGGUGAUCGUGGGCGCCUGUCUUGCACGGGGGAUCAAAGUUACGGGGAACAUUGUAUACUUCACCGCCCUCUUUCCCUAUGCCGUGAUGAUAAUUCUUUUCAUACGAGGGAUCACGCUGGAAGGGGCUUACGAAGGUUUGGAAUACUACAUCCUAAAGCCGAACAUGACACGCCUAAUGGAGGUGGAGGUGUGGAGCGAUGCUGCCAUUCAAAUUUUCUACUCCCUAGGCGUUUGCUUUGGUUGCCUCAUUACCCUUUCAUCAUACAACAAAUUUACAAACAACUGCAUGAGGGAUGCAUUCAUGAUCGCUGUCGCUAACUGCACGACGUCCGUUUUUAUUGGAAUGGUAAUUUUUUCCGUGCUGGGGUUCUUGGCCAACGAGAUGGGUGUUGAGAUCAGUGAGGUGGCUACAUCAGGCUCUGGCCUGGCCUUCGUCGUCUAUCCGGCAGCACUCAGCAUCAUGCCCAUCCCUCAGCUGUGGUCUGUGCUUUUCUUCUUCAUGCUGAUCACUCUCGGAUUUGGUUCCCAGUUUACGAUGGUGGAGACAGUUAUCACGGCAGUCGUGGACCAGUUCCAGUCACUCCGCAAGACGAAGGCGAUGGUAGUAAUGUGGACGUGCAUAUUUUUGUUUCUAAUGGGACUGCCAAUGUGCCUACAGGGUGGGAUAUAUAUGUUCGAGUUGUUCUUCUAUUACUCGGCGGGAAUAUCGGUCCUUAUCCUGUGUCUGCUGCAGCUGAUCUCCAUCUUAGCCUUCUUUGGUUUCCGCAAAGUGUUUCAGGCGAUAAAUGAGAUGCAAAUAUCCCUCCCAUUGGUGCUGCGCGUUUACUGGGGUUCUACCUGGUUGUUCAUCACGCCCAUUUCCUUACUGCUCAUCACGGUGCUCUCCUUCAUCGACAUCCUGCCAGCCGCUUGGGGUGACUAUGUGUUUCCCAACAAUAUACAAGUGCUUGGGUGGUUGCUCACUGGCUCCUCUAUCGUCUGUGUCCUCAUCGGUGCAGUGUUCGUAAUCGCCGUUAACAAAGAGGGCUUCCGUGGUUUGUUCAAGAUCACGCCUGAUUUCUGCCCAGCGAAGCAAAGGAAUAAAGUGGAGAAGGAUAAUGGAGGCACCUUUCGAUACGCGUGUCACAACAAUGUGUUUACGAUGGAAACUAUGAAUACUCCGUGAGCAUGUGGGUAGUCUGAAGCCACUCGGCGGUAGCUGAAAAAUUACAGGUGGUAGCGAAGGAUUCGAACCCGCAUCGUCAAGGACGCAGCAAACACGGGACCCGCACGAUAACCACUCAGCCACUGUCUCUCCAUAAAUAUACAUUGUAGAGCACUAGUUAUGUUAAAAUGGGAUAAUGGACGAUAUAAAAUACAACAAUAAAUAUACCAGUAGGCUAUCUGGUUAAAUAAACUAAAUAUUGAUCGCCUACUCCUGAGAAAUAUAGUUGAGGCGCAUUUGUGAAGUAGAGAACAACGUGUACCUGUCAUACACCACACAGUCGUGGGCAGAAUGGUGAUGUUACUUCCUACUGCUGUAGUCGUCGUCGUAGUAGUAGUUGUAGUAGUAGUAGUAGUAGUUGAAAUAUACAGUUGUCGUAGUAGAAGUAGCCAUAGUAGUAGUAGUAGCAGUAAUAGUGGUAGUAGUAGUGGUAGUAGCAGUAGUAGUAGUGGUAAUAGUAGUAGUAGUAGUAGUAAUAGCAGUAGUAGUAGUAGUAGUAGUAGUAGUAGUAGUAGUAGUAUAGUCUGUUUCAUUUCAUCUCUCCACCAACAAAGCGGGAAUUUUGAUGAACGUGGCACCUGCCCAUUUCUAGUUCGUGAAUGCGUGAAAAUCAAUAAUUGAAUGUUUCUGUAUACAAAAAAACAACUCAGUCAUUUGCAUCGAUAAUCUAACAUAUAAGCACAAAAAAAAGACAAGCUUCUAUCAAAUAACUUACUCACUUUAUGCUCGAACGAUCUAUGGGUUUUCAAAUUCGUUGAUUGAUAGCUCAUUUCAGGUAUUUAAAAGACAUCUGGCUCAGCUAGUGAAAAUAAAAUGUAUCUCAAUAAUUUACUGCAUGUAAAUAACGAUUAAUAAUCGAAAUAACAUGAAAUAAUAAAUAAUAACUGCUGAAUGCGAGGCUAGGCUAUUUCGAAUAUUUGGCUACCCAUGUUAUUUACAUGCAAUAUAUCAAAAUUCCUUAUGUAUAGACACUUGCAGAGUCGGAUGUCACUAUAUGCACCUGAAUGAGAUGAAAUAUGGGUAUCUAAAAGGCUAUAGGUCGUUCGAGUAUGAUCAAACUAUACUGUUUGAUAUACAGGUUGUUCAUUCGUGUCCUUGUAUGGUAGAUUAUCGAUGCAAAUCUUCUGUUUGCGGUUCAUAUGAGAUGACCUGAGUGUUUUUUUUUUUUUCUCUCUCGUAUACACAAACUUUAAAAUAUAUCACUGAAAAUAUAAAGUUGAUUUUCACGGAAUCACGAACUAACAAUGCGCAGGUGCCACAUCUACGAUCGCGAGUGGACAGACGGACUGAAAUGGACUAUAGUAGUAAUUUCAUCAGCUGCAGUAUUGCAUACUGAUAUACAAGUUACACUAGAAAAAUAAGAGCGGGAAGGUUCAGUGUUAUUUUUUUUUUACAUUCCUAAGUGUGCGCGCCUGCCUACGGGUUGAGGUUGGCGACACUAUCAUGCACCUUAAGAGCUGCUAUUGUUAUGGUGUGGCUGGAAUAGUGCAGUGGUCAACCUCUUUUUCCUUGAAGAAAAAUCGGGGUUUUGAUCGUAAAAGUUUAAUAGUAAUAACAAUAACUACAAUAAUAAUAAUAAUAAUACCUAAUAAUAAUAAUAAUAAUAAUAAUAAUAAUAAUAAUAAUAAUAAUAAUAAUAAUAAUAAUAAGGUAUAUCAUCAAUACAAUUAGAGUAGGGGAGGAGGUGGGAAUAUGGACCAGGGUGGUAAUAUGAACCAGGCCAUAUCUCAGAAACUACGUGCUGGUGUCAAUUGGUAACUGAGUUCAAACUUGACAUUAGUUCCCCAUAGGCCACCAAAGUGCUUCUUGAGUCACUCGCUCGAGGUGAGGCGCUCUGAGGGUCAAUUAUCUAAUUUUUGCUCAGUGAAUUUUUUUUUUAGUAAAGAUUCAAAAUCUGUUUUCCUAUAUAAAUUAAUAAAUAUGCACUCUGAUGUACGUAUAGUGUGUUGAUUAGUCAUGAGAUCACUUGUUAAAAUGACGUAGUUAUUUUUUUGGGAAAAACAAAUUAGUUUAGAAUUUCUACUUACUGAUCAUGAAAAUGUCGUGGGGUGGUAAUAUGGAACAGCAUGUUGCACAUUACCACCAUCCCAUAUCUCCAGGGUUUACCUCCCCACACAUCAUAUCUCCAGUUCCUAAGGCAAAUAAGGUGUCAAAUAGAGGUCGCAAAGCUUAGAAACCAUCUCUUUUGACUUCCUCUUCACACAAGGAAGCUUUAAGACCUCAUAUGUUAAAAAAAAAAUCACAAAGUUCAAAUGAGGAGAACUACGGGUUCAGUGUGUGGCGUGCCGGUGUGGUGUCAUCUGCCAUCCUGUAUCGUGAGACAUACCAUCCGUAACUUCGCAUUGCGGAACCCAAAAUUUACUAUCAUAGUGAACUAAGUGAAGCAUCUAAGUGUAAAAAAGUACCAAGGAGGACCUAAAAAGCGAUGCAAAGCGGAACAGGUCACAAGAAGAAGAAGAGUGAAUGUUAAUAUCCUAGUUAUAUACAUACAUCCGUCACCAUUUGCUUUUAUAAAAAAAUAAACUUGGGUGGGACAAAUCCCGACAAGUGGUCGACAAAAGACACGGUACCGUGUCGAAAUUCAUGUAUGUAUUCAGGAUGGGAUGUAUCACGAUACCCGGAUGUCUCAUGACCACACCGGGGACGGGCUCGUCUUGUGUUGUCUUGUGUUGUUUCUAAAUUGUUUCAUAUUAGCAGCCCACUUGUUUCAUAUUACCACCCUACUUUCUCCUACCCACUUUUUUGGAUCUUCUUGAAUAAAAAGCUGUAAUAUUUGAAUGAUAGUUUUUUUUCACUAUAACUCUGAAUGUGUUAAGAGGAUAAAAUUUGCCAAUACUUAUGACGGUUGUUGAUGCAAUUU